UCUUCUCAAACAUGGUCGCGCCGGGAUUUGUGUUUGGGCUCGUGCUGCCGUUACUCCUGCGGGCCGACGCAAGUGCAGAUGUUGGUUUUCGCUUUGCUUCCUACAUCGAUAAUUACAUGGUUCUGCAGCAGGAGCCGGCAGGGGCAGUGAUUUGGGGCUAUGGAGUAUCCGGAGCCACAGUGGCAGUGACUCUGUGCCAAGAUCAGGAAACCAUCAUGAAGAAAGUGACCAGUGUGAAAGCACACUCUAAUAGCUGGAUGGUGGUACUGGAUCCUGUGAAGCCUGGUGGACCUUAUGAAGUGAUGGCACAGCAGAUUCUUGGGAGGAGGAACUUCACCCUGAGAAUUCAUGAUGUCUUAUUUGGAGAUGUCUGGCUUUGCAGUGGGCAAAGUAACAUGCAGAUGACUGUUUCACAGAUAUUUAAUGCCACAAGCGAGCUGUCGAACACAGCUGCCUAUCAGUCUGUCCACAUCCUCUCCGUGUCUCUCAACCAGGCUCAGCAGGAGCUGGAGGACCUUGCCGAGGUUGAUUUGCGGUGGUCCAAGCCCACCUUGGAAAACUUGGGCCAUGGCAAUUUCACGUACAUGUCAGCAGUGUGCUGGCUCUUUGGGCGUUACCUGCAUGACACUCUGCGGUAUCCCGUGGGGCUGCUCUCCUCCUCGUGGGCCGGGACACCCAUUGAAGCCUGGUCGUCUGGAAGGUCACUGAAAGCCUGUGGGGUCCCGAGGCAAGGGUUCAUGCCAUCUGAUCUGGAAACUGGUCCCAGUGAAUACUCCGUUCUCUGGAAUGCCAUGAUCCAUCCGCUCCGUAAUAUGACUCUGAAAGGGGUGAUAUGGUACCAGGGGGAGUCCAAUGUAAACUUUAACAGGGACCUGUACAAUUGUACGUUCCCUGCACUCGUUGAAGACUGGCGCCAAACCUUCCACGAUGGCUCCCAGGGGCAGACAGAGCGCUUCUUCCCAUUUGGAUUUGUCCAGUUAUCUUCAUAUUUUUCUGGUGCAACCCCAAAUGAUGGACUUCCCCAGAUCCGUUGGCAUCAAACAGCAGACUUUGGCUAUGUCCCCAACCUAAGGAUGCCCAACACUUUCAUGGCCGUAGCUAUGGAUCUCUGUGAUAGGAAUUCGCCUUUUGGCAGCACACACCCUCGAGAUAAGCAGACGGUGGCCUACAGGCUGCACUUGGGGGCCCGUGCCGUGGCUUAUGGGGCGAAGUUGACCUUUCAAGGACCACUGCCUCAGAAGAUAGAACUCCUGGGCGACAUGGGGCUGCUCAACCUCACAUAUUCCCAGCCAGUCCAGGUGCAGAGGCACAACAAGAUAUUUGAGAUCUCCUGUUGCAGUGACCAUCAGUGCAAGUGGCUUCCAGCUCCCAUGGACACUUUCUCCGCCCAGACGCUGGCCCUGAAUGUCAAGUCUUGUCGUGACAGCCUGGCUGCUGUUCGCUAUGCGUGGACCGCGUGGCCUUGUGAAUAUAAGCAGUGUCCCCUGUACCACCCCACCAGUGCCCUGCCAGCCCCUCCCUUCACUGCUUUCAUUACAAACCAGAUUCCCAGAAAGAAACCAGAAUCGUGUGCAGGCAUUUUGGGAGGCGCUAAGGGACGGCCUCAAGGAGGGAAGAGAAAGGCGAGGUGGAGCAGCCCGUGGGGAGGCCAUGUGACCGCAGAGGUCACUGAGAAGCAAAUAGAGAUAUCAGGCUCUUUAAAGGGUCCUUUUGUUCCUUCCCAUUCCAGCCAGCCCUGGUACCGGGCUGGGUGGGCAGCGAAGCAUCCCACAAGGCACCGUGGAAUUGUACUGGCUGGGAUUAGGUGUUGUGGUAUGCCUCUACCUUAAUGCUGUAAGUAGAGUCCAAAAAAUUCAGUUAUACAGAAUGCAGAGUUACAUCAUUACAUGACUAACGAACUGUUGGGGUGAGUCUGUUACGGAGGAUGGGAACCAAUCACGUUCUAUCUAAAUGUGUGUUAUCAUGUGGUUUAGCUAAAAGCACAUUCUCCAAUAAGGAGCCACAAAGGGAAUGUAGGAAGGGUUAGAGAGGAUUUUUUUGAUCCCCUUGUGAAAUGUGAAAAAGAUGCACAGUGGGCCUGGGACUGGACCUUGCAGCUUGGGGAUAAGCAGGAUUUGAUUGUGGUGACGCUGCCAUGAAAAUAAAGCAGCAGCUGGUUGUCGGGGCUGCGACUUAGUAUUCACUGACCUAGAUCAGAAUCAAGGGUGCAAGGUUGUCAGAAUCUUACUACCUUCCUCAUGAGUCAGCAGCCAUCUCUCCCUCCGGUUUACAAAGGACUUAAGUUUACCUCAGGCAGAGCUAAGCCAGAAGAUUAUAUCGAUUACAACAAGAUGAAAAUAAGCAGAACUGUCAAGAAAAAUUUAUUACUAAAAAUAAAGCAGCUGAAGUUUUUCCCAGGAAAGCUGUCACCAUGGGAACCUCCACGACAAAAUGUGUUAAUUUACUAUCUUCUUCACUUCUUCACUUGAGUCGCUGCCUUCUUCCAUAUAGUCUUAAGUUUUAGUUUAAGUUAAAAAAUCCAUCCUGAUGAAAAUGAUGUGGUUAUCGAUCCCUUCCUGUUCAAUCUGAAGACUGAGCUGGGCUACACUGCGACGGAGCCUUCAGGUGCCGUAGGUGAGUAUCUACCAGGGGUUCAUGUGUCAGGAACAUGGGUUGAUAAGAAGACACAAAGGCUGUAGGCUGAAGCUCUGGGAGGUCCAAGGAUCCUGGAGAAAAAAAGUUCCUUAAGUUCCAUUGCUGCCUGGGAAUCUCAGGAGACUGGCUUGAUCAGACACAUACAUGUCCUUUUAAUUCUUUCAACUCUUUUGCAUCUGUCAGCCCAGUUUUGCCCUUGUUUGGUAAGACAGGACAGAUAUUUACUUUUACAAUGAAGAAAACUGUGGCUGAAAUACAGCAAGUGGUACUGGAAAAAUUGGACAGCCAUAUGUAAAUCAGUGAAGUUACAACACACCCUCACACCACAUACAAAAAUAAACUCAAAAUGGCUUUAAGACUUAUUAUAAGACAUGACACCAUAAAACUCCUAGAAGAGAACAUAGGCAAAACAUUCUCGGACAUAAAUUGUACCAAUGUUUUCUUAGGUCAGUCUCCCAAGGCAAUAGAAAUGAAAGCAAAAAUAAACAAAUGGGACCUAAUCAAACAUAAGUUUUUGCACAGCAAAGGAAACCAUAAACAAAAUGAAAAGACAACCUACGGACUGGGAGAAAAUAUUUGCAAAUGAUGCGACUGACAAGGGCUUAGGUUCCAAAAUAUACAAACAGCUCAUACCACUCAAAAACAAAAAAACAACCCAAUCAAAAAAUGGGCUGAAGACCUAAAUAGACAUUUCUCCAAAGAAGACAUACAGAUGGCCAAGAGGCACAUGAAAAGAUGCUCAACAUCACUUAUCAUUAGAGAAAUUCAAAUCAAAACUACAAUGAGGUAUCACCUCACACCAGUCAGAAUGGAUCAUCAAAAAAUCUACAAACAAUAAAUAAUGGAGAGGAUAUGGAAAAAAGGGAACCCUCUUGCACUGUUGGGGGAAUGUAAAUUGAUACAGCCACUAUGGAGAACAGUAUGGAGGUUCCUUAAAAAACUAAAACUAGAGUUACCAUAUGACCCAGCAAUCCCACUCCUGGGCAUUUACCCAGACAAAACUAUAAUCCGAAAAGACACAUGCACCCCUAUGUUUAUAGCAGCACUAUUUACAAUAGCCAAGCCAUUGACAGAUGAAUUAAUAAAGAAGAUGUAGUAUAUACACAUACACACACACAGAGGAGUAUUAGCCAUAAAAAAGAAUGAAAUAAUGCCAUUUGCAGCAACAUGGAUG